UCCUGCUAUCAGUGCGAUCGUUCGGUUGCGUCUGAUUUGCUGCGCACGCACGUCGGUGAGCACAUCCUGCGUGCGAUCCUCGGAGUACAGGAACCACAGCUACAGGAACGCGUGCACGCCGAUUAUCCAUGCGGCUUUUGCGGGCGCACGGGCUGUCAAAUCAGCUUGACGAAGACGGCCUCUUCAUACCACCCAGUGUCGGGUUGUCCUCGUGCCCACAAAUUCUCCCUCGCUUCUGCGAAGAAGUAUUCCGCCCGCAUGCCGUCGACGAACGUUCCGCUUCACUGCGAGCUCUGC